AUGAGCUCCUUCCUCAUGAACGGUGGAUAUCAGCCACAGCCCGACCCGAAGUUCCCACCCUCGGAAGAGUACAGCCAAGCGGAUUACAUACCACCAGGGGAGUACUACCAGCACCAGCAUCUACAGUAUGGCUACCAACACCAAUACCCAGUGCAAAUUGGCACAGGAUACGGCUACGGAGGGUAUUACCAUCCUUUGCCGCAGCACCCACCUGUGGCACCUCCACCGAGACCACCGGAGCCGUCUCAUCCGUCAGACGCCGACCACGGCUUUAUCCCUCACAAUGACACUGCACCAGGCCUAGCAGAACUAGGUUUAAGACUAGAAAGGCAUAUAGAAGAAGCUGCACCAGCUGCAAGGAAACUUCAGGCCUUAGGUCGAGAAGGAUCUCCUGUAUCCGAAAUGGAUGAUGAAAGAUUACUCCUAGAUAGCCCGCCCGUUGAAGACGAUGAUUCUUCGAUAUGUUCUGAUAACACAGAUAGGGUUAUCUAUCCGUGGAUGAAGAAAAUUCAUGUUGCUGGCGUGUCUAAUGGAACCUAUCAACCGGGAAUGGAGCCAAAAAGACAGCGCACGGCGUACACGAGGCACCAAAUACUAGAAUUGGAGAAAGAAUUCCAUUACAAUCGGUACCUAACGAGAAGAAGAAGAAUAGAAAUAGCUCAUACUCUAGUCCUAUCUGAGAGGCAAAUUAAAAUAUGGUUCCAAAAUAGAAGGAUGAAAUGGAAAAAAGAUAAUAAAUUACCGAAUACCAAAAAUGUUAGAAGAAAAACUAAUCCAGCGGGCGUCACGACGACCACCACUAAAGGUGCACCAAAGAGUAGAUCGAAUAAGAAUACCAAUAAUAAUGAUAAGAAGAAAUCAAACAAUAAUGGGCGGCCUGAUAGUAUAGAAAAUGUAACAGAUAAUAUAAUGAAUGAACUUCACUGCGUUGGAGCGCAGCAGAAUAUGUCGCAUGAUCCAGCAAUCAGUCCUAUGUCACAUCCAGGGAAUCAAAUGAAUCCAGGCCAUCCAAUGACUGCACAUCAUUUACAUAUGAUGGGUAUACAUGCAGGCAUGGAUCCAUCACUCGUCGCAAGUUUAACAGCGCAUGGUUCACCAGUUGGUAAUACUGGCUGUGGAACUGGUAUUGGUACAGGAAGCGCACCAGUUAUUAAAUCAGACUAUGGUCUUACCGCCUUAUAA